UACACGCACGCACUGAUACGUGAUUGAAAAGUGCUAGUGCCAUUUUCUUCUCUCUGCACUUUCAGGCACAUUUUGUAGUAAGAUCAAUGCUUAGCUUGUUUAAAUUACAUUAAUUGCAUUGUCAGGUUGUAAACGUCUGGCAUUGAAAAGCAAUACGUUCUGUUCAGUCUCGACCUGUUAGUAAGGAAAUGUGGUAUGUGUGAAUUAUAAAGGGCCGAUACAAAAUGGGAGGGGAACAUGUGAAAGGAAGAACAUAAAAUAAAAGUGAUCUUAACAGGAAGCUUUUGUUUCCUUGAAGACCGAGGCAUUUCAUAAAUCUUUCCACCAUUAGAUGACAGGACUGGCCUCCACCUAUCCUCUUAAGGGACUCGGCAACUGCAGUCUUCCUCACAAGAUGGUUUACCAAACGCACGGAUGCCACAUUAGGAAAGAAAAAAAAACAGUAUUUGCACAGAAUUACAAUUUCUUGACUAAAAGACAUGGAAAGCAAGAUAGAGAGCCAGUGUUUCUUUCUUGGGACACUCCCUCUACUGGUCACUCUACUUGUCAUCUACAGGAAGGAAGAAAAUGACACUGAUACUGACUCUGACAAAACCACAAGUUAUAUAGCAAAUAGAACAAAACAACAAACUAAUGCCCAUUUCUGGUACUUUCACAGCACUCAUAUGGGCGCCGUCAUAAGAUUUAUAGCAAUGUGGAGGAAAAGGCAUCUUCAACCCCCCAAGACUCUCCUUGUUUUAAUUCUGACCACCAGCGUUAUCUACACUUUAUUUGUUAUAUACUUUGUUGAUAAACAACAACAACAACAACAACAUCUCAAUGACAGCAAUGCAUCACUCCCAAACAAUAUCACCAUCCUGUUUUGGCACUGGCCUUACGGCAUCCCGUGCAGCCUUGCGGGGGACGUGUGUAUGAGAGACUACGGCAUCUCUGGGUGUGUGCUAGUGGACAAUCGCGCUCUUUAUGAGAGUGCCGAUCUAGUAGUUUUUCAUCACUUUGAGCUAAUGCAUAAUAAAGAGCACCUUCCAGUGCACCUCCAUCGGCCCACCAAACAGAGGUGGGUGUGGCUUUCUUUAGAAGCGCCACAAAACAAUGGCAACUUGUCGCCGUACAACAACCUUUUCAACCUCACCAUGUCAUAUCACCCUAAUGCUGACAUCACUGUGCCCUACGGGAAGCUGUUACAGAGGAGGAAACGAGGUUUCGACAUUGUGACACCAAAAAACAAGAGUUACGAAGCCUGUUGGGUGGUUAGCAACUACCAAAAUUGGCACAAGAGGAGUGUUGUGUUCCAAGAGCUGAACAAGAACCUCAACGUGCAACUGUAUGGCCUUUCAGCCAAGAAACCUUUACCAAAGGAGGCACUGCUCCCAACGAUUUCACGCUGUUAUUUCUACCUAGCCUUUGAAAACACAGUGUCUCCACACUAUAUCACUGAAAAGAUGUGGAGAAACGCUUUCCAGGCUGGGAGCAUCCCCGUGGUGCUGGGACCGCCACGCAGACACUAUGAAGCUGUGGUGCCUCCGAAUUCUUUCAUUCACGUGGACGAUUUUACAUCUAUUAAGGCCCUAGCUGAGUAUUUGAGAGGCCUAAUUAAAGACCCAGUGAGGUAUAAUGCAUAUUUUACCUGGAGACAAAACUAUACGGUUAAAUUAUAUACAGACUGGAGAGAAAGGCUGUGCAAUAUUUGUCCCAUAUACGGACAAUUUCCAAGUCAAAAGGUUUAUGAAGAUUUGAGAGUGUGGAAAAAAUGGUAACAGACAGCUGACAUUUUAAAAAUGUUUUUGUGUUUACUAAAAGCUUGACAGAUGCAAUUUUAGAAAAACGUGUUAUUUACAAAAUGAUGAAAGACACAAGUGCAAUGUUCAAAGACUUUUGUCUAGUGUGUGUUUACAUGAGUGCAAAAAUACAGGAUGCAAUGUAGUGGAAUGAAUCAAUGCAAGUUUUUUUAAGUUGAAUCCCAGAUAUCACACGUACGUCGGCAAGAUGUAAGCAUCUGCUGUGUAAGCAUCAGGGACUUCUUUUAACUUAACUGCUGUAUUUUGGAACACUGUUGUGCCUGCAAGGCUGCAAAAGAUGCGAGAUACAAGUGCAAUGUUCAAAGACGUUUGUCUAGUGUGUUUACAUUUAAAAAAACUAUUAAAACCAACAGGGUAGUAAGAUGAAUCAACACUUGUUGAAGUUCUAGAGAUGUUUUUUUUUUUUUUAAGUUGAACUCCAGAUAUAACACGUACAUCUACAAGACAUCUGUUAAAGAUACAUCUUGCAUUUUGCAGAUAUAAAUGUAGAAGUCAAAUAGAUAUUUCCGUGAUGUAUGUGUGCUAUCAGGGACGUCUGUGCCUGAAAUGCAGCAGAAGAUGUGAGAGACAAGCGCAACAUUCAAAGACAUUUGUCUAGUACGUGUUUACAUAGAAAAACUAUUAAAACCAAUAGAAUGCAAAAAUACAAGAUGCAGGGUAGUGGAAUUAAUCGGUGCAAGUUCUAGAGAUGCAUUUUAUUUAUUUAUUUUUUUAAGUUGAACCCCAGAUAUCACGUGUACUUCUGUAAGAUGUCUGUUAAAGAUCACUUCAUCUGGAAAGCAUCUGCUGUAUACAAACAUCUGAUAGACAUUUUUAAUCUAUUAAAUGUCUUUAAGAUGUUUAUGAUUUAGAAUGUAUGUAGAAUUGACAUCUUACAGACGUCCGUCAGAUGUUUGUACACAGCAGAUGCUUUCCAGAUCAAGUGAUCUUUAACAGACAUCUUGCAGAUGUACGUGUGCUAUCUGGGGAAUCAAUGCAAGUUUUAGAGAUGUGUUUUUGUUUUUGUUUUGUUUUUUAAAUUGAGCCCCAAAUAUCCCACGUAUGUCUGCAGGAUGUCUGUUAAGGAUCACUUGAUCUGUAAAUGCAGAAUUCAAAUAGACGUUUUAAAGGAACCGUAUGUAGGAUUGUGGCCAAAACUGGUACUGCAAUCACUUUCAAAAUACUGUAGAACGGCGUAUCCCCUCCCCCAUUUCAGUCGGAACAUAGAUUGUUUUCAUACCGUGCUAGUGGUGCGAUAUAAAGCUUUUUAUGAACGCAUUUAGCACGGGCGACCGUGGAAAAUUAGCAACGUUGGCAUCUGUCUUAAAAUUCUUCUCCGUUUUCAGCCGUCUCCAUCUGUCAAAGGCCUCUCCUAUACAAAUCCUUUUUUUAAUUUCGGACUUUGUCACGACGUACUUCGGAUUCAUAACGAGGUCUUUUAGGUUUCGUAACUUUAUACAUGUUUUAUCCGACACGUUCGUAGCUGCAGCUGUAACUAGAGCAGAGCUGGCAAUCCGGAUGACGAAAACUCUACUGACUUCGUGAUUGGUAGAUAGCUGGAGGGUGGCGCCUCAGACCAAAACACAACAUGACAACAUCAACAUCAGUUGAGGGCUGCAACUUUCACUUUUAAAUGACAAUAUCCUGGCCGGACCACUGUUGUCAGUGAUAUAAGUAUUUGAAAUGAACAUGAUUUCUUAAUGUCUAGUGACAUGUCAGGGCCAUUUUAUGAUUAACUGAAAUAAAUUUCUUACAUACGGUUCCUUUAAGUGACGUGUGCUGUCAGGGACUUUUAUUAACUUGACUGUAUUUUUGGAACACUGUUGUGCCUGAAAGGCUGCACAAGAAGGGAGAUACAAGCACAAUGUUCAAAGAUGUUUUUUUUUAAGUUGAACCUUAGAUAUCACACGUACGUCUGCAAAAUGUCUGUUAAAGAUCACUUCAUCUGGAAAGCAUCUGCUGUAUACAAACAUCUGAUAGACAUUUUUAAGAUGUUAGUUUUACAUGCAUUCUAAAUCGUAAACAUUUUGAAUACGUUUUCUAAACAUCUACUUGACAUCUGAUAGGAAACGUCUGUACUGCAGAUGAGCAAACACUCUAAAAAACACAUCUUGCAGAUGUAAUUGCAGAAGUAACAUAGACAUUGCCGUGACAUACGUGUGCUGUCAAGGAUUUUUAUUAACUUAAUGGCUGUAUUUUUUGAGCAUUCUGUUGUGCCUGAAAGGCUGCAAAAGAUGUGAGAUACAAGCACAAUGUUCAAAGAUGUUUGUCUAGUGUGUGUUUACAUAGAAAAACUAUUAAAACCAAUAGAAUGCACAAAUACAAGAUGGUAAUGGAAUGAAUCAAUGCAAGGUCUAAAGAUGCAUUUUUUUAAGUUUAAUCCCAGAUAUUACACACGUCUGCAAGACAUCUGUUAAAGAUCGCUUCAUCUAGAAAGUACACAUCUGCUGUGUACAACCAUCUGAUAAAUGUCAGUUUUCAUACAUUCUAAAUCAUAAACAUCUUGAAGAUGUUUUAUAAACGUCUAUUUGACAUCUGAUAGGAAACGUUGGAAAUGAUGAGCAAACACUAAAAAAUACAUCUUACAGAUGUAAAUGCAGAAGAAAAAUAUACGUGUGCUAUCGGAGACUUUUAUUAACUUGACGACUAUAUUUUUUGGAACACACAGUUGUGCCUAAAAGGCUGCAAAAGAUGCAAGGUACAAGCACAACGUUUAAAGAUGUUUGGUUAGUGCAUGUUUGGAAAAACUACUGAAACCAAUAGAAUGCAAAAAUACGGGAUACAGGGUAGUGGAAUGAAUCAACG